AUGGACGGGCACUGGUACCGGGCACAAGUUCGAGGGUUCGCACCGCGAGAUCGCGUACGAGUUUCUUGGUGCAGCCGUCCUGAGCAUGACGAUAGCCUGGAAUAUGUGCAGAUGCGGGAGACGGAGACGGAUGGUGAGCUCUUCACUGAGCUCAGCAGCUACUCGGUGAUGCGCGUGGACGCAAGCAUUCGAAGGCCUCCUCCCAGUCCGCUGGACCAGGUGAUGUCCGAGGCAGUGUGCAAUCAGUCCCUCCAGACUGUGGAGCAUCACAGCCAGCUCUUUCGACGGCUGAGACAUGUAGGCAAGCAGCUGGACGUCCACUUGGAGUGGGGCUCGGCCACAUCAGGCGGUGCAUCUGCAACGGCCGACUGCGAGGCGGUCUGGCGGUAUGUCCCAGAGGAUGGAAAUCACAUCGAUAUCCGAUCUGUGCCGUCGGUCUCCGGGAACAGGACGCACGAGCGACUGGUCGCUGGCGAGGUUUUCAGGGUGUCAGAGACAUUUGAGGGCUCGGAUGGAACCUUGUAUCUAAAGCUGGCAGAUGGUCGUGGCUGGGUGUUUGACAGCAAG